AUGGCGCACACCUACGAUAUUGGAACGCGGGCAUGGCAGCCUGAUCCCGUUGAAGGAUGGGUUGCAUCAGAAGUUGUACAGCGAGAAUUCGAUGGAGACAAAGUCCAUUUGACAUUUCAACUGUCCAAUGGGGAGUCCAAAACGGUCGAGACAACGCUUGCCGACCUUCAUGAUGGAGGGAAUUCUAUAUUACCGCCACUUAUGAAUCCUGCUGUGUUGGAAGCAAGCGAUGAUCUAACCAACCUUUCUCACCUCAAUGAACCCGCCGUACUGCAAGCAAUAAAACUCCGUUAUGCGCAGAAAGAAAUAUACACGUAUAGUGGCAUAGUGCUCAUUGCCACAAAUCCUUUUGCUCGAGUUGAUUCGCUUUACGUUCCUGGCAUGGUCCAGGUAUAUGCUGGAAAACAGCGGUCUACUCAGGCUCCGCAUCUUUUUGCCAUUGCCGAGGAAGCUUUUGCGGAUAUGUUGCGUAACAACAGAAAUCAAACAAUAGUCGUUUCAGGCGAAUCGGGCGCUGGUAAGACUGUCAGUGCUAAAUACAUCAUGAGAUAUUUCGCGACGAGAGAAGCGCCGGAGCAAUCUGGAAAAAGGUCAAAGGGCCGAGCAGAUGUUAUGAGUGAAACCGAAGAGCGAAUCCUAGCAACCAACCCUAUAAUGGAAGCGUUCGGCAAUGCUAAGACGACACGCAAUGAUAAUUCUUCGAGAUUCGGAAAAUAUAUCGAAAUCAUGUUCGAUAAGGAGACAGACAUCAUUGGGGCAAGAAUUAGAACCUACCUUUUAGAGCGCUCAAGGCUCGUUUUCCAGCCAUUGAAAGAGAGAAACUACCAUAUUUUCUACCAGUUAGUCGCCGGCGCUACGGAUGAUGAGAGAGAAAUGUUGGGUCUCCUUCCAGUUGAACACUUCGAAUACCUCAAUCAAGGCGGGGAUCCAAUCAUUGAAGGUGUCGACGACAGAUCAGAGCUUGACGCAACCCGAGCAUCCCUCGCUACAAUAGGCAUCAAACGUGAACAGCAAGCGGAGAUUUUCCGUUUACUGGCCGCGCUCCUGCACCUAGGAAAUGUGAAGAUCACCGCGACAAGGACAGAGUCAGUUUUGGCAGCUUCAGAGUCGUCGCUCGUUCGGGCCUGCGAGCUGCUCGGGGUAAAUCCCGGUGAUUUCGCAAAGUGGACGGUCAAAAAACAACUUGUUACGAGGGGCGAAAAGAUCAUAUCUAAUCUUACUCAACAGCAGGCUCUGGUUGUUCGGGAUUCUGUAGCCAAGUAUAUCUAUUCGAGCCUCUUUGAUUGGCUUGUGGAUAUCAUCAACCGCGGUCUCGCUACUGAAGAAGUACUCAGCCGCGUCCAUUCUUUCAUCGGAGUUCUAGAUAUUUAUGGCUUCGAGCACUUCGCCAAGAAUUCGUUUGAACAAUUCUGCAUCAAUUACGCCAACGAGAAACUUCAGCAGGAGUUCAACCAGCAUGUUUUCAAGCUGGAACAGGAGGAAUAUCUCCGAGAACAAAUAGAUUGGACCUUUAUAGACUUUUCGGACAAUCAGCCUUGUAUAGAUCUUAUAGAAGGCAAACUUGGUGUUCUAUCUUUGCUAGACGAGGAGUCUCGAUUACCAAUGGGCUCGGACGAACAAUUCGUGACCAAACUCCAUCACCACUACGCUGGAGAAAAACAAAGGUUUUAUAAAAAACCACGAUUUGGAAAGUCUGCAUUCACAGUCUGCCAUUACGCAACCGACGUUACCUAUGAGUCCGAGGGGUUCAUAGAAAAGAACAGAGACACCGUUCCUGACGAACACCUGGAUGUUCUCAAGGCUUCAUCAAACAAGUUCCUGAGCGAGGUCCUAGAAGCUGCUGCGGCUGUCCGUGAAAAGGAGACUGGGGCUGCUGCAGGUAAUCGACCCUCUGCAGCACCUGGACGCCGGGUCGGAGUUGCUGCCAAUAGGAAACCUACGCUUGGGGGAAUAUUCAAAGCUUCUUUGAUCGAUUUGAUGACAACAAUCAACUCUACCGACGUGCAUUACAUACGCUGCAUCAAGCCUAACGAGGGUAAAGAGCCAUGGAAGUUCGAAGGUCCAAUGGUGCUCAAUCAGCUCAGAGCUUGUGGUGUUCUCGAGACCGUUCGAAUCAGCUGUGCAGGAUAUCCGACAAGAUGGACAUAUGAAGAGUUUGCCUUGAGGUAUUAUAUGUUGGUGCCUUCAGGAUCAUGGACCCAUGACAUUCGGGAGAUGGCCAACGUUAUUUUGAGUCGGGCUCUAGGUUCUGGAAAAGGCAAAGGUCUCGACAAAUAUCAACUUGGUCUCACCAAAGUAUUCUUCCGAGCCGGAAUGUUGGCCUUCCUUGAAAGCCUUAGAGCUGCACGGUUGAAUGACUGCGCGAUAAUGAUACAAAAGAAUCUCCGUUGCAAGUAUUUCCGACGCAAAUAUCUUGAAACGAGAGAAUCUGUCCUAAGGCUACAAGCUUUGAUGCGAGGAUCUAUCGCGCGGCGACAAGCGCAAGAGAUCCGCUGCGUCAAGGCUGCUACGACUAUCCAGCGGGUCUGGAAAGGACAGAAGGAGGCGAAGAAGUUCAACCGAAUCAGGAAUAAUGUCAUACUUAUGCAGGCUGCCUCAAGAGGUCAUCUAUGUCGUCAACGCAUAAUUGAUACUAAGCUCGGAGACGCCGCGAGAACAAUUCAGCGAUCCUGGAGAUCGUAUAUUAAUAGAAAGUCUUGGAAGACUUACCGAAGAAGAGUCAUUAUCAUUCAAAGUAUCUGGCGUGGAAAGCAAGCUCGGCGAACCUACAAAACUCUGCGCGAGGAAGCACGAGACCUCAAGCAGAUCUCUUACCGGCUAGAGAACAAGGUUGUGGAGCUGACACAAUCGCUCGGAACCAUGAAGCGAGAAAACAAAGCUCUCAUAGGCCAGGUUGAGAGCUACGAAAACCAGCUGAAGUCUUGGAAAAAUCGUCACAAUACACUAGAGAAUCGCUCUAGAGAGCUUCAGGCCGAGGCAAAUCAAGCUGGUAUAUCAGCUGCACGAUUGAUUGCCAUGGAGGAAGAAAUGAAGAAACUUCAAAAGAGCUAUGAUGAAUCUUCAAUCAACUUGAAACGGUUGCAAGAGGAGGGCGAUUCUCUAAGAGAAUCGCUGCGUCUCACGAACAUAGAGCUCGAUAAAGCAAGAGAGUCCGGUUCUCAUCACGAAAAUGAAAAGGUCUCGUUGAGGCAGCAACUUGUUGAACUGCAGGAGCAGCUUGAGCUUGCUAAGCGGAGGGGCCCGGGUAUGGGAGAGUUGCAAAAUGGCUCUGUCACGCAAUCGACCACGAAUGGCCUGAUCAAUCUGGUUUCUUCAAAGAAACCCAAGAGACGGAGUGCGGGCGCGGAAAGAAGUGAGUCGGAACGUUUCAGUGGAGCGUACAACCCUCGGCCUGUCUCUAUGGCAGUGACAGGCAACCUCAGUCGCCCGAACUUUGCAGGCUCUGCUUUCAGCCCAACGCCUGAGAAUGUGGAAUUUGAGCUGGAGAGCCUCCUUUCGGAUGAAGACGGCUUAAAUGACGAAGUAACAAUGGGUCUCAUCCGUAAUUUGAAGAUCCCCGCUCCAAGCACAACACCCCCGCCCACGGAGAAAGAAGUCUUGUUCCCCGCUUAUCUCAUCAACCUGGUCACCUCGGAAAUGUGGAACAAUGGUUUCGUCAAGGAGUCGGAACGAUUCUUAGCCAAUGUUAUGCAAUCUAUCCAGCAGGAAGUUAUGCAGCACGACGGAGAAGAUGCCAUAAAUCCAGGAGCUUUCUGGCUCUCUAACGUCCAUGAAAUGCUAUCGUUCGUCUUCCUGGCAGAGGACUGGUAUGAGGCCCAAAAAACCGACAAUUACGAGUAUGAUCGGCUUCUAGAAAUAGUGAAACAUGAUCUAGAGAGCCUAGAGUUCAACAUCUACCACACAUGGAUGAAAGUACUAAAGAAAAAGCUUCAUAAGAUGAUAGUACCAGCCAUUAUUGAAUCUCAAUCUCUUCCAGGCUUCGUUACAAACGAAAGCAGUCGAUUCCUCGGAAAACUUCUUCAGUCCAGUAGUGCACCAGCAUUCAGCAUGGACAACUUACUUAGCCUUCUCAACAAUGUCUUCAAGGCAAUGAAGGCUUUCUACCUCGAAGACUCUAUCAUCACGCAAACAGUCACUGAGUUACUCAGGUUGGUAGGUGUGACAGCAUUUAAUGACCUGCUCAUGCGCCGAAAUUUCCUUUCUUGGAAACGCGGGUUGCAGAUUAAUUAUAACAUCACACGUAUAGAGGAAUGGUGCAAGAGCCACGACAUGCCUGAAGGGACGUUACAAUUGGAGCAUCUAAUGCAAGCAACGAAGCUUUUACAAUUGAAAAAGGCGACGCUUAAUGACAUUGAAAUAAUACAAGACAUAUGUUGGAUGCUAUCUCCCAAUCAAAUCCAAAAACUUCUCAAUCAAUAUCUCGUUGCCGACUAUGAGACCCCCAUCAAUGGAGAGAUAAUGAAAGCAGUUGCAUCCCGCGUUACCGAAAAAAGCGAUGUACUACUCCUAACUGCUGUAGACAUGGAUGACAGUGGACCUUAUGAGAUUGCUGAACCACGCGUCAUCACGGCAUUGGAGACUUACACCCCUUCGUGGUUGCAAACGCCGCGUUUAAAGCGCCUGGCAGAGAUUGUGUCGUCGCAGGCGAUGGCUCAGCAAGAAAGGAUGGAAUUCGAAAUACCGACAAAUCCUACCAGCAAUCAUCAGGGCUUGGCAAUAAGUGACGUUGAGGGUAUAUGA